ACUGUACGUUAUGCACACUUAUACUUACACACAUAUCGAGCUAAGAGGGCGGGCAAGGGCUACAUACAGUUCGUACACAUUCUAUAUUCUCCAAGUGUCACCAUCGAUAUAGUUCAGUUCGCAAACAUCGCUUGUUGACUGCUGGUUCGACUCAAUCAUUUUUGGCUGACUGCUAUGGUAAUGCAAAUAUAAGUUGUCUUUAAUCCACGAGUUUUCGAGACGAGUGGCGUAAGCUGGCUGCAGGCGAGGACCUUUAGACCUAUAACAAGGACAGUCAUACUAUAUUAAAAAUGCAGGGAGAUCGAUCCCGAGAAUCGGUCCAACAUGAAGGUUCACCGUAGGAUAACUAUAAACCACAGCUAUGAAUUCUGGGCCAUUAUCAAUGAGAAUCGUCGCAAGAUAUCAAUUUCUCGUAGGCGGUAACGACUGGCCUGGCAAGACAGACGUUUCCGACUUGAAUCUGCCGCCUCCUUAUAUCAAUGACCGAAUCAAAAUCAGAAUUGAUCGGCGCGGACACAGAAACGCAGACGAGGACGAGGAGAGGGGCUCAUCUGACUCAAGGAUUACUGCGAUCAAUGUCGGUCUGUUCGCGGUUGAGACGGAGCCAAAUGUCCGGGAGCUAAGUCGCUCAGGCGAAAAGUUGGAACACAACUUCCUUAACCGGCUGUGGGCUUGCAGUCACGAGCAGAAUAAGAGUCAGAGUAAUUUACACGAUCGAGGUAAGCAACAUGCUACAAGCACGAGUCAGCAACUGCAUCUAUCGACGGAGAAAUUCAACAAGCUACUGAGCGCCAAGCUUCGCAACGUUCAGCGCCAGUUGGUAGCCAAGACAAGCUGCGCACAUCAUCCUCGACCCUUUAUCAGCACAGUGAAAAGUGGCGAGUUUCUUUCCCCGUCACCUGAGAUGGCGCAUCUGAUGGAUUUACAUCUGCCUGAGGCAAUCACUCAUGCUUCAGACUCGAACGCGGAUCUCUACGAUCCUCAUGCACAGGCGCGGUUUCGCCAGCAGCUCGUUACUCAGAGCCGUUUGCAUUCUCAACCGCGUUACGCCUUGAGGCCUGCAUCCGCGUUGGUUAAUCUUUGCGUCUCCAAUCAUUCGCGCCAAAUGGAUCAACCUUCUCCAUUUGGAAAUCUUAUGUUUGAUCGUCGAAUCGCUCGUGAUAGUAUAUUUGCGGUAUCCACACCACUUGUCAACGGUGAUCGAUAUCAAACAUCAAGACAGGCUGAAGCUCGGAAACGUCAGUUAAUACAAAAGCGAUGUCAGGUUCAGAAAACAAAAACCACACUGGUGCGUAUUAGUACACCACCGCAAAUAAUGAACAGAAAGCACGAACCAGUACAAACGGAAUUUCUCCUCGAAGAGUUAUUUAGAAAACCUGAUGAAAUCGAAAUCGGAUCACAGACGGAUUAUUUUUUGGAUAGACCAGCGACUCUACCUUUUUGUCAAUCAAAAAAAGGAAUAGAUGCAACCACGCAAAUAGAACCCGGAGAUUUGUUUGACUACGAUGUGGAAGUGCAACCUAUUCUUGAGGUUUUGGUCGGUAAAACCAUUGAACAAGCUUUGAUUGAAGUACUCGAAGAAGAAGAAAUGGCUUUAUUGCGAGAGCAACAAAAAAAAUUCCUGGAUCUUCGGGUAUCAGACAAAGCUGAGGAAGAGCGACUCGAAGAACAGGACAGACGUCUUCGAGAUGAAAAGAACCGAAGAGUGAGACAAUGCGGAAAAGCGCUAAAAACGCGACAGGAAACUGAAGAGCGCAUAGCAGCCGCUGUUCUUCUAACAGGUUACAUUGCUGAGCUUCUUCCAACAGUUCUGGAAGGACUAAAAAUUUCUGGCUUCUUACUUGAUGAAAUAAAAGCAGAUGUCAAAGAAGACUUCAUGCAAUGGCUUAUGAAGGAAGUGAAAAAUGAAAUAGGAACAAUUGUGGAAAGUCAAGAAAUAUUGGAAGAUAAUUACCAGAGUAUAUAGAAGUUAUGGCGAGAAAAAAUCACUCAUAAAUACACUCGUUAGUUAAUAUGAACCAUGAAGACUAUAUUGAUACUAAUAAAGAAAUAACUAUGAAUUACUCUGCGCGACUGUACUCAAUAAAAGAAGA